CGAUUUGUAGAUUCAACCAGUUAUGGAUUCAAGCGAUGGAUGCCUUGUGGACGGAAACAGAGAGAGUAACUCAGUGGUACAAACACAAAUGUCUACGCAAACCGCUAGACUGGGACUUUCGGAGGUAUACGACACAAGCCACGCACGCCGUGGAAUGGCUAUAAUCCUGAGCCAUGAGAAUUUUGAGUCAAUGAAAAAACGCGACGGAACCAGAAGAGAUCGCGAGAUAGCUGUUGCUGUGCUGACUCGCCUACAGUUUGAUGUACGAGUGUACGAUGAUCUGAAAUGUGAGGAUCUAUUCGCUGAGCUAGAAAAGCUCGCCGGUGAAGACCACUCGAAUAGUGACUGCCUGUUGGUGAUGGUUAUGACGCAUGGUGAUGAGAACGUGCUGUACGCAUAUGACGAUGCGUACAGAAUCGACAGGUUAUGGGACAAUUUUCUGGGAAAUCGGUGUCGCACGUUGCUCGGGAAGCCAAAGCUCUUCUUUGUGCAAGCCUGCCGUGGAAAGGAAUUCGACAAAGGCGUGAAGCUGCUCCAGAUGGAUGCCGCCAACGAUGACAACAUGCCUCAAAGAUAUAUCAUCCCCACAACGGCUGAUUUGCUGGUGAUGUAUUCAACCUACCAGGGUCAUUCCUCGUGGCGAAAUACUCUUGAGGGUUCCUGGUUCAUUCAAGCGCUCUGUGCGGAGUUGGAUAUCAAUGGAAGCUGCAUGGAGUUACUACAGUUGUUGACCGCUGUAUCACGACGGGUGGCAUACGAUUAUCAAUCGAAUGUUCCUCAACACAGCAUCAUGCACGCGUCGAAACAGAUGCCUUGUGUCGUUUCAAUGCUCACGAAGCUGCUUUAUUUUCCCAGGAAAUAAUAGUAAUAAUCGCAUAUAUAUGUAGGCUUUUUUGACGAGAACAACUUGUACUUUAUUAAAAUUGAUGUUAAAAGGUUGUAA